GGGCUGUCUGUCCUCACCGCAGUAUAGGGAGGGAGUCCCAAACAACGAAUCACACUUUAAGUGGAAGACAGAACAAUAAACAGAUACAUGCAGCUAUUUUAGUUACAAUUUUCCAAAUAGCCACAAGGACAAUGCUGUAAACUCAAGCUGUCGAUUUAGGAAUAGGAAAGCUGACGACUGGAUUCAUUCAAUUAUUGCUGCUGUUGCCACGACCUGACUCAUGGACACAGGCAAGCCAAAGCGACAACAAUCCGUCCGUAUAUAACUUCAAGUGCUGCUGCCGGUCGUCUAUUUGAACUUUUGGCUGCUGGUUCAUUUUAAGAGAACUAGUGUGAUCUAACAUUUAGCAUUUUUCGUCAAUUCGUCGCUUUGAUAAAAUAACUUUUAGGAUUUUAAAGUGUGUUUAAAUACUCUACCAAACACUUGUUUAUUACUUUUUUAUAUGACCGACUAUGGUAUUACUUUUAUUGCCGAAUAUGUUGCUUAAAUGUCCAGCAAUGUAAACCGAGGUUAAGAUCGCUAGUGUGUAUCUUUUACUCUGAUUGUAAAACAAAGAAAGGAUGGGAAACUCCUAAUGCAGAGUUUGUACAUUGUCGUACUGCUGUCGAUAUCGUUGAUUCGGAUACAUAACAACUGUUAGAGGUGUGCUUUUAAACUUAAUAGCAGUAAAUCUGCACACGCGAACGGAAAACAUCGUCAAAAGCAACGUGGAAAUCUGCUGGACUGGCGUCUUUAUCUUGACAUUACUGUGGACGUAAAUCGAGCAUGGAAACGGAUUUAAUGUCCGGUGGCGACGUGGACACGGUUGAGGGUGGCAUGAUUUCCUUAGACCCUGUGAUCGAUGGGAUUUUGAUGGACUCGUUUUGCCAACAACAAGGAUGGGUUCGGGUGUACGAUGUAAAGGGGCCGCCCACCCACCGCUUCUCCUGCGGCCAGUCACCAUUCACAGAGCCCUGCGUUUGGGAGAGGAAGUACUGCAUCCUGACCGAUAGCCAGCUCAUCCUGCUCAACAAGGAGGAAGAGAUGCCAUCUGAGGUCCAUGAAAGCCCCACAGCUUCUUUAUCAAAAGGCCGAAGCCUGAGAAGGACAGUCAGUGUGCCCUCUGAGGGACAGUUCCCAGAGUAUCCAGCAGAGGUCACUUCUAUGAUAGCAGAAGCGUCUGCGGAGCGCUCUCCCAGACGGAGGAGCAUAUCGGGGCUGGGCAGCUCGGAGAAGAAUAUCUCCAUGGAUGUCCCCAACUCCUCUCCCUUCAAAGUGCCUGGUUUUUUAAGUAAACGACUGAAAGGAUCCAUCAAAAGGACGAAGAGUCAGACAAAGCUUGACCGCAACACAAGCUUUAGACUACCAUCAUUGCAACCAACAGAAAACGACAGGCCACGAGGCCUGCCCAAACUGAAAGAAUCCUGUUCCCAUGAGUCUUUGUUGAGUCCAGGCAGCACUGUUGAAGCACUCGAUCUGAGUAUGGAGGAGGACAUCUAUAUCAAACCCUUACACAGCAGCUUACUUGGACAGGACUUCUGCUUUGAGGUGACAUACUCGGGUGGAAGUAAGUGUUUUAGCUGUUCCUCGGCAGCUGAACGAGACAAAUGGAUGGAGAACCUCAAGAGAACAGUGCAGCCUAAUAAGGACAACCGUCGACGGGCUGAAAACGUCCUUCGUCUGUGGAUCAUCGAGGCCAAAGACCUUCCCCCAAAAAAGAAGUAUUUCUGUGAGUUGUGUCUGGAUGACGUGCUAUACGCCCGCACCACCAGCAAAACCCGCUCCGACUGCCUGUUCUGGGGUGAGCACUUUGAAUUCUCCAGCCUGCCUUCGGUCAAGAGCAUCACUGUGCACAUCUACCGUGAUGCGGAUAAGAAGAAGAAAAAGGACAAGAACAACUAUGUAGGUCUGGUCAAUAUCCCAGUGCAGGGAGUGAUGGGAAGGCAGUUUGUGGAGAAGUGGUAUCCGGUCAGCACCCCCACCACCAUCAAAAUCAAAGGUGGAGGACCCUCCAUCCGCAUCAAAUCACGCUUUCAAACCAUCUCCAUCCUCCCCAUGGAGCAGUACAAGGAAUUUGCAGAGUUUGUGACCAAUAACUAUACCAUGUUGUGCUCUGUGUUGGAGCCUGUCAUCAGUGUGAAGAACAAAGAGGAGAUGGCGAGUGCCCUAGUUCACAUACUGCAAAGCACAGGAAGGGCAAAGGACUUCCUGACAGAUCUGGUGAUGUCAGAGGUAGAUCGCUGUGGUGACCAUGACGUACUGAUCUUUAGGGAGAACACGCUAGCCACCAAAGCCAUAGAAGAAUACCUCAAACUGGUGGGACAGAAGUACCUACAUGAUGCACUAGGAGAGUUUAUUAAAGCACUGUAUGAGUCAGAUGAGAAUUGUGAAGUGGAUCCGUCCAAGUGCACCAACAGUGAGCUGCCAGAACACCAGAGUAAUCUGAAGAUGUGCUGUGAGCUGGCUUUCUGCAAGAUCAUCAACUCUUACUGUGUGUUUCCCCGGGAGCUGAAGGAUGUGUUCGCAUCAUGGAAGCAGCAGUGUCAUGCUCGAGGGAAGCAGGACAUCAGUCAGCGUCUAAUUAGUGCAUCACUCUUCCUCCGUUUCCUGUGUCCUGCCAUCAUGUCCCCAUCGCUCUUCAGUCUCAUGCAGGAAUAUCCAGACGACCGCACAUCACGAACACUCACCCUCAUCGCCAAAGUCAUCCAGAAUCUAGCUAACUUUGCCAAAUUCGGGAACAAAGAGGAGUACAUGGCCUUCAUGAAUGAAUUUCUGGAGCAUGAGUGGGCUGGUAUGACUCGUUUCCUACUGGAGAUCUCGAAUCUUGAGACCAUCUCCAACACCCCAGGCUUUGAGGGCUACAUCGACUUGGGCCGCGAGCUGUCGGUUCUUCAUUCGCUAUUGUGGGAAGUGGUCUCUCAACUGGACAAGGGUGACAAUUCCUUCCUGCAGGCGACGGUGGCCAAACUGGGGCCCCUGCCGCGUAUCCUUGGUGAUAUCACUCGCUCGUUGUCUAGCCCCACCCCAAUCCAGCAGCAGCUCAGGCACUUCCAGGACCAUAGCUCGGCUCACGACAUCAGUGGGAGUGUCUCUUCAGGAUUGCAAAGAAUAUUCGAAGACCCAGCAGACAGUGAAAUUCCGAGCAUCAAAUCUCCUGUCCAGGAGCACAUGGAGGCCUUAUCCCGAGGAAAGCAUCCCUUUUUGGGUCAGCAAUCCUCCACGCACAGUAUGAGUUUCUCUGACAAAGAGGAGCGAGACAGUCCUCUCCCGAAUGGACGCAGCAUAUCUUUAAUGGACCUCCAGGACUCCCACCUGGCACAGGGCCUUCCAGCGCCCACCUCUCUCCACGAAGCCCCAUCAAGGUUAGGACGAGUGGGCUCUCAGGCAUCCAUUGGCCCUCUGCCGCCUCCACACCAAUACCAGCCCCCUAUCCAUCCAAAAGUCCCCCAGCUACGGGACAACUUGCCCCAGAGUGCUCCCCAGGUGCGUCGGCCUCUCCACCCCUCUCUCAACCAGCAGCGCAACGGACAGCCGCUCUCGUUCCAGAACCCCGUUUACCACCUCAGUAACCUGCAAGUGCAAUCCACGCACUCGACCCAGUCUACACACUCCAUCCAGUCCCUGCAGCCGGACUCUAGCUCAGAGAACCUGAGCACCGGCAGCUCUCGUAGCGCCAGCCCCAGUGUAUUAGGGCGGGUAGCUACACCCAGGGCCAGAAUGCCCUCUACCAGCAGUGUGGAGGAGGAGCUUAGCCGCAAAAGCAUUCAGGGGAAGGAGACACCUCCUCUCACAGCACGCUGGCACCCGCCCUUGGUGGACUCGCACUCUGGAGCCCAGAUUGUGGCAGUGCCCAGGCAAAGUAGCGCAGGGACGGCGCAUAUUGUGAAAGUGGAACAGCAGAGUCGAGGAGCAGGGUUGGUGGCAGUGAAUGCAGGAGCAAGAAACCCUAGAUCUCUUCCUCACAGUACAUCUCUCCGUAGUAGCAGCAGCAUCAACACUGAACCAAUGCAGCAGAGUGAAGAGAGAUCCAGGCAGCAGUCCUCAUGCUCCAAAGACAGCUCGGUACCUGGAGGGCGAGUUAACAAACAGGUCCAGUCUCCUGUAGCAUCGGUCACCAUGUCCCCAGUGGAGAGAACGGCAGCGUGGGUCCUGAAUAAUGGCCAGUAUGAGGAUGAGGAAGAGGAAGGCCAAAGCAAAGAGGAUGCCAAACAUGUAGAGAAGUAUGAACAGGAGAUCUCGAAGCUGAAAGAGCGUCUGCGGGCAUCUAGUCGGCGACUGGAGGAGUAUGAGAGACGGCUGCUUGCACAGGAGCAGCAGAUGCAGAAGCUGCUCUUGGAAUACAAGGCUCGAUUGGAGGACAGUGAGGAUCGUUUGCGCAGACAGCAGGAAGAGAAAGACAGCCAGAUGAAGAGUAUUAUCUGCAGGCUAAUGGCCGUGGAGGAAGAACUGAAAAGGGACCAUGCAGAAAUGCAGGCAGUCAUAGAUGCCAAACAGAAGAUAAUUGAUGCACAGGAGAAGAGGAUCAGCUCCCUGGAUGCAGCUAACUCUCGGCUGAUGAGUGCCCUGACUCAGGUUAAAGAACGCUACAGCAUGCACAACCUCCGCAAUGGACUGUCGCCCACCAACCCCACUAAGCUUUCCAUCACUGAGAAUGGGGAGUUCAAGAACAGCAGUUGCUGAUUGGUGCUCAUGGACUUGAUGAGCCAUGCCGAUCAGUGCUCCAAGAUAAAUCUCUGGCACUGAUUGAUCAAGAGCAUGGACAGAGCACCCUUAGCUGGCGGCUAAAUUGACUGACUACUGUAUACAUGCAAUUGCAAGGAAUGUCUGGUUAUUAAUGUAUAUAAACGCUAUCUAAUAUUGGUUAUGUACAGAAAUGCUACUGCAGAGAGGAAUGUUUUGAAAUUGCGUGAGAGAGUUCAGCAUAGAGUCAGUAAGUUUGUGGGUUUUUUAAAUACUGAUAUAUGCCUAAAUGCAGAUUUAAGAUUACAAAAAGAUUUUUAAUUAUUGCCUAAGAUAUAUGAAGGAGAUGUAAAUAUCGUACAAAUAGAAUUGUUUUAAAAGAAAAUAUGAAGAAAAGCACAUAGGUUUCAGUCAUAGUUGUAAAUGUUUGCAAGUAACAGAAGCUGACAGGCAAAAACAGAAAAAGGCAAUUUUAUGCACUCAGUUUUCUAAAACAACUUUUCUAUAUAUUUUUUAAUUAUUAUUUGGUGUUGUCAUCUUGCAAAAGGUUGUUGUGACUAACUGAAAAGACGGUGAAGGCAGACAGUUCAGUUUUAAGAAAAUACAUGUUUAAGUCAAAUAACAAAAUCUGUUAUCAUUUACUCACCCUCAUGUUGUUCCAAAACUGAAUGACUUUCUUUCUCGUGUUGAGCACUGCUUUUUUUUCCAUGCAAUGAAAGCAAAUAGUGACACAGCUGUCCCUAUCCACUUUCAUUGUAUGGAAAUGAGCAGCUUGGACAUACAAGUAAAUAUCAGCUUUUGUGUUCCACACAAGUAAAUUAGUCAUAUAGUUUCAGAAUGACAUGAGGGUGAGAUGAUGACUGAAUUUUCCAUUUGGUGUAAACUGUCCUUUUGAUGUGUUGCUAAAAAUACACCAUUGAAUGGUUGGUGGAUUUGAUUAAAUAAAAUAUUAAAACAAUUUAACCAUUUUAUGAAGUCAGAAAUGUAGGCAAUUUGUCACUAAACUGUCACACCCAAACCUAACUAAAACUUGCAUCAUAUUUGUUUUAUGAAUCGGACCAGAGCGCUGUGAAACCGCCAAUUUACAGUCUCACUGCCCUCGUUCUGUUCCAUUGGCAACUUCUGUUGAAUGCCUUUUUGUUUUCUGCUGUUUUCACUCUGUCUGAAUCAACAUCUUUAACAUUUUGUGGCACAGAACUCUUCGAUGUUUGCUGUUCUCGUUGUGAUGUAUUUGAUAGUCAGUCUCAAAGUUCAGAAGUUGAAAGCUGAGCAUUGAAUAAAGAUGGAUUGUGCCCUCAUUGAUCAUGUUGUCCAUGUGUGAUCUGAAACUGAUUCAGUAUUUUUGCUUGAAAAAGCAUAAUCUUUGCUUUGCAUAUUGGGAAGACAUUCCCAUGAAAAAUGAUUUAUUAUUGUUAAUUUUGGCUCAGGAAUGUUAUAAUAAUAAUAUCACUAGAGCAUUUAAAAUGUCAAAUGUAAGGCUUGUUAUUGAAAUAUGAAGAACAAAAAACAUUAAAA